CAACCUGAGCUUCCUCAUCACCUUAUUCGUGGCCCUGGCUGUUUUCUCCCUCAUCCUCAUCCUGGUCUGCAUCGAGAGCAUCUUCCAGGAAUGCACAAGGGUCUUCUCGGCCAUCAUCUGGGCUUGUCUCCUAGCCAUGGGCUACAUCUUUGUAUUCACCAGCGGAGUGGUCAGUGCCUGGGACCAGGUCUCAUUCUUCCUCUUCAUCAUCUUUACCGUGUAUACCAUGCUGCCCGUGUGCAUGCGGGAUGCCGUGGUCGCUGGCCUUGCCUCCUCCCUCUCCCACAUCAUUGUUUUGGGCGUCUACCUGUCAGCUGGGCGGGGGUCACGGGCUGAGCUGGCUGUGCAGCUGCUGGCCAACACGGUGAUCUUCAUCUGUGGCAACCUGGUGGGAGCCUAUCACAAGCACCUGAUGGAGGUGGCUUUGCAGGAGACCUUCCAGGAGACCUUCAAACUCAUCCAGUCCCGAGUCAAGCUGGAGUCUGAGAAACGGCACCAGGAGCACCUUCUUCUCUCCAUCCUGCCCGCGUACAUCGCCAUGGAGAUGAAGGCCGAGAUCAUCGAGCGGCUGCGGGAUGGGGGGCAUCAGGAAAGUCCAAACAAUUUCCACAACCUCUACGUCAAGCACCACAAGAACGUCAGCAUCCUGUACGCCGACAUCGUGGGGUUCACAAGGCUGGCCAGCGAGUGCUCCCCGAAAGAGCUGGUCCUGAUGCUCAAUGAGCUUUUCGGCAAGUUUGACCAGAUUGCCAAGGACAAUGAGUGCAUGCGCAUCAAGAUCUUGGGUGACUGCUACUACUGCGUCUCGGGCCUGCCAGUCUCGCUCCCCAACCACGCACGCAACUGUGUCAAGAUGGGACUGGACAUGUGCCGGGCUAUCAAGAAGCUACGGGAUGCCACCGGUGUGGACAUCAACAUGCGGGUCGGGGUGCACUCGGGGAACGUGCUGUGCGGGGUCAUAGGGCUCCAGAAGUGGCAGUACGAUGUCUGGUCCCACGAUGUGACGCUGGCUAACCACAUGGAGGCUGGAGGAGUGCCAGGGAGGGUGCAUAUAACAGAGGCCACCUUGUCUCACCUGGGAGGGGUCUAUGCUGUGGAGGAAACCUGUCGCUGGCAGCGUGACCCCUUCCUGAAGGAGAACAAAGUAAAGACGUUCCUGGUCAUUGACCCCUGGGCGGGAGCGGAAAGCUGCGACACCCUGUCCCCGGUGCCUGGGGAGGGCCCGAAGAUGAGGGCGUCGGUUCGUAUGACCCGCUACCUGGAGUCCUGGGGGGCCGCCAAGCCCUUUGCCAACCUCAAGCACCUCGAUACCAUCCCAGCUGAUCAGCCAGGAUUCACCAGGAACAACCAUUCGGAUAGCUCUCUGGGGUCCCUGAACCAGUCAAAGACCAUGGAGCGGUGAGGUGUAUCCCCUUCCUGUCCCUUACAAU